AUCUCGCCACUUUUUAUUUUAAUAUCAGCUUCCUUUUGUGCAAUAUCCGUUUCCAAUGCUAAUUUUUCCCGUGCCAAUUCUUCAAUAUCUUUACUGAUCAUAUCAAGUUCUGGAUUAGAGUAUCUUGUGUUAUUGUUCUCCUGAAACAAAAACCAACCUAAAGUUUUUCACAUUUCACAUUUGACACAAUGUACUUUCAAUGCUUUUUAUUGAUUGUAAUUUUAGCGCACAGUGAGGCGAUAUUUAGCAGUGCUCUGAAAAAACUCAAACAAAAAACAAAAGAAGCAUACAAGAAAAAAUUCGGAAAAGACAAAUCUUGGCACUUUUUAGGCUUCGAUUUGACGGAAUAUCCCGGAACGAAUGAAAAAUAUCGCCAGAUAAAUAAAGACAAAUGGAAUGAUUAUUAUGCGUGUUUGGAAGAGCAAAAUUCGAAUCUCGGUCACGACAUUUCUGUCACUCCCGAAGCUGUGCAAGUUGUCGAAUCCGGUUCGAUAAGACUUGAAUGUAAAUUGUGUUUGAGUCCUCAAGAAAUCGUCAAGAUUGACUCAGUUGAAUGGUUUUGGGCUGGAAACGAGACAACCAAACUAAAACCGGUGGACUACACCGAAAAUAUCCUAUUAUCACCAACUGACAGAUCACUUGACAUUUACAAUUUGCAUAAAGGACAGACGGGACAAUACAUUUGCCGGAUUGGUAAAGCGGAAUCGGCUCCUUAUUUCCUCACAGUUGUAGACCCCCAGGACGAGGAUCUGCGAGAAGUCCACUCUCUGGAAGCACCGGCAGGUCCCUACCCGCAAAAACCGGAAGUUAUCACCGGUUAUAACCUCAUUGUGGAUACGGAAUGGACGCCGUGGACGUCGUGUAGUAAAUGCGACCAAAUCGGGCGAAGACAUCGCUUAGGUUACUGCAUUGUUAAAUACGAGAAAAAUGUUGCAAAAUAUGUUACCAAUAACAAUACUAACACCACCCAAGAAGAAGAAAAAGUUUCAAUAACGGAAGAACAUUAUGAAUUUUUGCGGAUUUUCAAAUUUGGGAUUCCGUGUAGUUCGCAUGUUUUACCACACUCUCUGAGAAAACUGCGACAUGUUACUGAACGGAAAAAUGAAAUUAUGACUGGCUUUUGCAAGAUAAAGUGUCCUGAAGAUAAAGUUUUCGAAGUCCGCGAUAAAGAUGGGAAUGUUAUCGAACGUGCGAAUAAUUCGGCUGGAAUUUAUUCAAUGUUGCAAGGAAUACCAUCGGUACAACCGUCAGUUGAAAGGUUGUUGCAAUUUGGGGAAAAAGGAAAAAAAAUUGUGGUGGCAUGUCCAGGAAAUUUAAACUCAGAUGUUCCAGUUCAAUGGCAAAUUGGGUCGAAAAAACUUGUCCCCGAACUUUUGGUAGCGGAAACUAAAGGCCGGAUUUAUAUCAGCAUAACUGAUAAGAUUCACAUUAAAGACGCAAAAAUUUCGGACUCGAAUAUUUAUAGUUGUUGGCAGCACAAAGACCUCGCCGGUACGGUGCGCCUCGUCGUCGAGAAAAAAUUUUCGCUCGACUUCAACCACCACAUCAUGCUCAUCGGUGCCGUUUUAAUCUUUUCCAUCAUUUUAUACGUCUUCGUCAAGGCCUUUUUCCGUCGGAAAAUCGUCCGCACAGCCACAUAAAACUUACCACCAAUCCAUCGGCCGCCUUAGUCCUAAAACUGGGUGGCACCAUGUCUGGUGUAAGUGCAGUCGGUGGUUCAACCCCCUUCAAACAUCUCGCCACGAACCACAUGGCCAAAGCAAACUGCUCAUUAUUCAGUUUCCCACUUUGUUUAAUAUCACAUAGAGCCCUACAAAACGUCAAUAAACAAA